CCUUUGGAUGAUUGCUUUGGAGCCCGGGCUCGGGAGAAAAAAGUGCUGGUGUUUUUUCCACCCUGAGGAGAAGCAAAGAAAAGCCUGCUCUAGUAUGUGCAAAGAGAAUAGAAAGUGAGGAAGCAGAGAGAGGGAUCAUCAAACUGUGCAAGCCCUUUGGCCACUCUAAACGCCAUCCCAUUAGCCGGGAAAGCAAUUUUGCAGGGGCUAACUUUUUUUAAAAAAAACAAAAUCCAUCAAUCUGGAGAGCAAAGCGCCUGAACGCGGAAAGCACCUCUGCUUUCUAGCCCUGGAGGUUUCAGCUGGAGAGGCCGAAAGGGCUGUGCCACGAGCCAGGAACGACCCGCCUGCAGCCAUGGAGAGCGGAAUGCAGCUGCUGAACCGGGACGGGCACAGUAUCUCCCACAACUCAAAGAGGCACUACCACGACGCCUUCGUCUGCAUGAACCGGAUGCGACAGCGGUCCUUGCUCUGCGAUAUCGUGCUGCACGUGGCCACCAAGGAGAUCAAGGCCCACAAAGUGGUGCUGGCUUCCUGCAGCCCAUACUUCCAUGCCAUGUUUACAAAUGAGAUGAGCGAAAGCCGGCAGACCCACGUCACGCUCCACGAUAUCGACCCACAGGCCCUGGAGCAGCUGGUCCAGUACGCCUACACUGCUGAGAUUGUGGUGGGAGAAGGGAACGUACAGACGCUGCUUCCUGCAGCCAGCCUCCUCCAGCUGAAUGGGGUACGAGAUGCUUGCUGCAAGUUCCUGUUGAGCCAGCUGGACCCCUCCAACUGCCUGGGCAUCCGGGGAUUUGCGGACACGCACUCCUGCAGCGAUCUGUUGAAGUCGGCCCACAAGUACGUCCUGCAGCACUUUGUGGAUGUCUCCAAGACAGAAGAGUUCAUGCUUCUGCCCCUCAAGCAGGUGCUGGAUCUCAUUUCCAGCGACAGCCUCAACGUGCCCUCAGAGGAAGAAGUCUACCGAGCUGUCCUCAGCUGGGUGAAGCAUGAUGUUGACAGCCGAAGACAGCACAUCCCCAGACUGAUGAAGUGUGUCCGGCUUCCCCUACUAAGCCGCGACUUCUUGAUGAGCAAUGUCGACACGGAACUGCUUGUGAGGCACCAGUCGGAGUGCAAGGACCUUCUCAUCGAGGCCCUCAAAUACCACCUCAUGCCUGAGCAGAGAGGGGUCCUUAGUAACAGCCGAACCCGCCCCAGGCGCUGCGAGGGAGCCAGCACUGUGCUCUUCGCCGUGGGUGGCGGCAGCCUAUUUGCCAUCCAUGGGGACUGUGAGGCCUACGACACCAGGACAGACCGCUGGCAUAUGGUAGCAUCUAUGUCCACUCGCCGGGCCAGAGUGGGCGUUGCUGCCAUUGGGAACAAGCUAUACGCGGUGGGCGGCUACGAUGGAACCUCUGACUUGGCCACGGUGGAGUCAUACGACCCCAUCACCAACUCGUGGCAGACGGAGGUUUCCAUGGGAACAAGGCGGAGCUGUCUAGGGGUGGCGGCAUUGCAUGGGCUCCUCUACGCUGCUGGAGGUUAUGAUGGCGCCUCAUGUCUCAACAGUGCUGAGAGAUAUGACCCCCUAACAGGCACCUGGACCUCAAUUGCAGCCAUGAGCACCAGGAGGAGAUAUGUCCGUGUAGCAACUCUAGAUGGCAACCUCUAUGCUGUUGGAGGGUACGACAGUUCGUCACACUUGGCCACUGUGGAAAAGUACGAGCCGCAGAUCAAUACAUGGACUCCAACUGCCAACAUGCUCAGUCGUCGCAGCAGUACUGGCGUGGCUGUUUUGGAAGGGAUGUUGUACGUGGCGGGUGGCAAUGACGGGACAAGCUGCCUUAACUCGGUGGAGCGCUACAAUCCAAAAACCAACACUUGGGAAAGCGUGGCACCCAUGAACAUCCGGAGGAGCACGCAUGACUUGGUGGCCAUGGACGGGUGGCUGUACGCGGUGGGAGGCAACGACGGCAGCUCCAGCCUCAACUCCAUUGAGAAGUACAAUCCGCGCACCAACAAGUGGGUGGCAGCAUCGUGCAUGUUUACCCGCCGCAGCAGUGUGGGCGUAGCCGUGCUGGAACUCCUCAACUUCCCGCCCCCUUCCUCCCCCACCCUGUCGGUGUCCUCGACGAGUCUUUGACAAAGAGUCUGGCCACACCUUGCCUCGAGGAGGCUGCAGCAUCUGUCGGAGCGCAAAGCCAGCCUGGCCUGACCCCUGCGGCAGCCAUUCUCUGUGAAGAGGAGAAGGGCGAAGGCGCAGGGGCUACUGCAUUUUUAGUAAUCACUUUUUUCCGAGGGGCCCAUUUCUGGUUCUUGUGGUGCAGCUCCAAGUGGGGAUCUCUAUAUCACCCUUCCUUAAAAACACUAAGAGCCCUCUUGGUUUUCAUCAUCUCUUUCAUCGUAAUUCAACUGAAUCUGCCUGGUCCUUCAAGACCAGACUCAAUCAUCCACUUCCACGAUUGGACAAACAAUGUCUGCUUCUGCCUCGUACAAUGGAGCUUUAAAAAAAAUGCCAAGAAAGAAAACAACAGACAAAACAGGAUGCAGAAACAAAGAAGGCCCAUCCAGGCAGGCAGGAGAAGGGUCACUUGUUUAGGUUGCAUCAACAGCUGAAUGUAAGCUGCGAAUGUCACAAUUAGCCAAAACUUCUUACCAAGCCUAUAGUGUACUGUUACAGAUUUUUGAGGCAUUGCCUCUCUCUCGCUGGUGUCUAUUGAAAGGGAUGCCUUAAAACUAAAACAAAACAGGGCUGGAGGGGGAGUGUCUGCAACACAAGCCGUCUUAACAUGCUCUGUGGCCCCUCGCUCUAUCGGCCUGGUUAUGUGCCACCACUUCUGACAUUUCUCCUGCCCUCUUUGGUGGCAUGGGCUUGGGAGCAUCUACCAACGCGUGGCUCUGCUGUUUUAAAAUUUUUCUUUCCCUCCCCUGUUAGGAAGAAGUUAGCCCAACAACACUGCCCUGGGGUUUUACUUGGGAGAACCUUUAACAGGGUGAAGCAUGGUUACAAGACUGCACUCCUGUCCGUAUUAUUAUUACAUUUGUUACCUUUUCAUUUUUGCGUUUUGUAUUUUUGAAAUUUAAAAUCUUUUUUUUUGUUUAGUUUUCAAGCAAUCUGGUGUUCUCAUACCUCCCCUUCCAUUUAUUUAUUUAUUUAUUUAUUUGUUCCUGGGACAGUUGUCAAAAAGAAGGAAGGAAGAGCCUGGUGAUGACGGCAUAUGUAUCUUGUCAGCUAGACAGCAAGUGCAAUCCAUGGGAUGGAGCCAUGGAGCAUGUACAAAAGUUUCAUUGCAAUGAAUGGGGUUUGCCCAGCAAUGCUGCCUUCCCACUGACAUGGUGCAGAGACGCGCAAUAGCACUGUUACUGCACACGUCCCAUGCUUUUUAUUUUGUCAAGUCGCUUUGAGACUUUAUAGUAUAAAGUGACUGAUAAAUGAAAUAAAUAAUUGUAAAUAAUAAUUCAGAGUGGCAUUGCCCAAGUCCCACCCAUUUCAAGAUGCUAUUUCACAACAGCCAUUCAUUUCAGGACACUAUUGCACAACAGCCAUUCAUCUCAGGCUGGCCUUGUGAGAUCUCUCUUCAAAUCCUGCUCAUUUCAGGGUGCUCUUGUGCUGUGGCCAUUCAUUUUACAGUAUGGAUGUGCUAUUCCCAUCCUGAUCAUUUCAGAGCACUGUUGCACUCAGUUCAUUUCGGUUGAAGUCCGACCUCGUCACAGAUGACUUCAUUUCUAUUUUGCUUGGCGCUAACAUAAGAAGAAUGCCUUGUAGAUUGUGACUGGUGUUCUUGGAAAGAUUCUCUUUGAGAAAGCUUGCAUCUACUACAUGUGUGCGACAGAGAGAGCAUGCAAAAAAUAAAAACAAAAAAAGCCACAUGCAUAUAAGAACCUGUGCUGAAAAGGCCUAGGUCAUUGAUCUACUACUGGAACAUAAUCGACAUUUUGAGUAGCGUUUGUACUGUAAACCCUAACAGUUCCGUUGUCGGAGACCCACCUACACCAUGAAAACUUCUCUUUUUGGAGGAAGGAGUUUGCUUAAAGAUGUUUCACUGCAUUAUACACUGUCCUCUACACAAUUUGUGUGUAUCCCAGAGCUUGGGAACAGGGUGAGAUUGGAGCUUCAAGACAACCCAUCCCAAGUCAUCCAUUGCAACGGAUCAAGCUCUUGUACCUCAAUAACCUCUGGACUCUAUUCUGCAAUUGUGGCCUAAUCGCUCUAGCUAAAGACUUCUGGAUUGGUUUUGUGGUUGUUGUUUUUCAAUUUAUAUAUCCACUUAUCUAGUCUCCUGUUUUUUGCUCAUUUCUGCCUCUUUCACCAUACCCCUUCAUCAGUUCAGUUUGAUCGUGGCAAUAACGGGGCUUGUUCUUUGCAAAGGCAACUGGUGGGUUCUUGGCUGGCUUAUGUAUGAUAGACCUCUUCCUUGCAUGGUGUGUGUCUGCACUGAAGGGUUAAUCCAUGGUAUAUUUUUAAGCUUGGUGUCUCUGGCAGAUGGAGGGGACUUCCAAGACUUCCUAGGCUGCUGGGGUAAGAGGAUGUUGUGUCCCAGAUGGGGAUGGGAGAGAAAUUCAGUUCCGUUUGCAUUUAAAGCCAAAUUUAUCAAAUUCGCAGUUUCUGAAACAAUAUGAGAAUCGAAACACAGCCAUCCUUUGAAAUUUGCACUUAGCUGAAUUUUUUCAACGCCAUUCACCAACCAAUCAAUGUUUACAAAAAUGUGUGUAUUAGGAUAAAAUAAAAAAUGAAUAUGUGAAAAUUGUAUUAGGAGAAAACGCAUAUAAAAAUGUGUUUAUUAGACCAAAAUUCCAGCUAAAAUACUUAAGAAUUUUCAUGAGGAUUGCAAAUUCCUGCAGAACUGAAAUUGAAGCUCAGACUGGAAAAAUGAGAAACUGAGAGAAUCAAAAUUGAUAGAUCGUUCCAUCCCUAACCCCAGAUCAGAACGGGUGCUUCACUGGCCCUAGCAAAGGUGACAGGAGGCAGGGACAUUGGCAGAUAGCGUGACAUAGGCCAUAUCCACACAUAUAUUUAAAGCACAUUUAACACACAUUGUGAAGUAUAUGGCUUCCUUCAAAGAAUAAUGGGAAUUACAGUUUGUUGAGGGUGCAGGGAAUUGUAGCUGGGGAAGAGUAAAAGAGAGUUCCCAGGAUUCUUUUUUUGGGGGGGGGUGGAGGGACCCAUGUGCUUUAAAUGUGUGUUAAAGGUGCUUUAACCAAAGAGCAUCCAGCCUGUCUUAGUGAGCUUGCGCCAGUUCUUUUUUUUUUUUUGUCCAGGGAUAGGACUUGCUCAGAGUCCUAAUGUUUACUAGCAGCACUGCAAAAAUCAUGAGUGGGGCACAUUUGGCCCUCCAGCUGUUGCUGAACUACAGCUCCCAUCAGCCCCAGCAAGCAUGGCUGAUGGUCAGGGAUGAUGUAAGCUGUAAUUCAGUAACAUCUGGAGGGCCAAAUGCUCCCCAAACCUGGCAUAGAUAAUUUAACGGAAACUUUUCAAUCCAUAACGUUGCAUGUGGUGAUGUUGUUCCUACCCUCUCCCUAAAAACUCACAUUUUGAUAUGUUUAGCCCUUCAUACAGACACACUGAAUGCACGGAUCAGCAAGUGGGGAGCAAGUUUUGAGUGGGGGGAGCUGCUUCUGAAGUACCUUUAAAAAAACAACUGAGCACUCAGAAAAACAAUCUUUCCACCAGUAAACUUUGUUGGGGUUUUUGCCAACUGCAAUACAUUUUAGGAGAAUAUACUCCAUUAUUAUUAUUAUUAUUAUUAUUAUUGUUAUUAUUCCAUCAGUGCCUUCAGUUCCUUUUAGUUGUUUGUGGAGAGUUGUAUACUACAACCAGGGCCUGUCUGGUCAAUUUCUGUCACUGUCUGUUUGUUUUCUUGUGCAUAUACUUUGGUCACCUCUGAUGGUGUGGGAUAGGAAACACCCAUUAUUAGAAGAUGGAGAUAAGAGUUGCUGCUCACAGGGCCGGCACUAAAGGGCGGACAGGUCGGGCCUUGGCCAAUGGCCCCUGAAGGGCCCCUCCUUAGGAAGUGGGGGUAGCGCUCCCCUUCUGCGAUCCUCAGCAGAGUCAACUCCCAACCCUGCUGCAGAUCGCAGAGACGGAGGUCCCAGCCCCCCUUACCAUGCGGCCUGCGGUGCCUGCCCGCUCCACCUACCUCUCCUCCCUUUCUGAGAAUGCCCUGUGUGCUGCGUGUGCAGCUGCCAUCAACCAAGAUGGCAGCAGAGGCUUCUCUGAGGGGCUGAUGCCCCUACCACCAUCUUGACUGACGGCAGGCAUGUGCACGCACGCACCAUAUUGUGCAUGCGUGCCAUCAACAGAGAUGGCGGCAGGGGUAUCAGCCCCUUAGAGAAGCCUCUGCCCCCAUCUUGGUUGAUGGCAGUGAGCUGCACGCCCAGCACACAGGUCAUUCAUAGAAAGAGAGGAGAGGUAGGUGGAGCGGUCCCGCACGGUCUGUAGGGGGGGACUGUGAGCCCAGGGCAGGCUGGCACCCAAGGGCCCAGUUACACCUGGCGCCGGCCCUGGCUGCUCAUGUGACAGGUUGUAUUUAGCAGGCGGCUAGUUCCGAUGUGAUAGAGUAUCUCUGGACAGCAUUCCAUUCUAAGGAUACUUAUAGUCGAAAGAUCUGGAGAUCCUCUGCUAGUCUCCGCUGCUGACAGGGCCCAGCAUGACCCAGGAAAUCCACAGAGGAUCGCUGAGUUGCCUUUUUUAGAGAAGGGGUACCUGUCUUGUACUCUUGAUUGUUUCCUGGGUUCCAGGUCAUGAGCCACAGCAUAAAAAUAGAAGCGCAAGAAGCCAUCAUCUCAAUCAGAACUAGACACUGGCCAUGCUUGCUGGGGCUGUUGGGGAGCUGUAGUUCAGCAACAUCUGGAGGGCCAAAGGUUCCCCACACUUGAUCUAGAUGAGCUCUUUAAAGUGGCUGUUUUAAAGCAACAUUUCCCUUGUGUGUAUGCCCUUGGAAUGAUGUUCUGUCGAAAUGGGUCAUUCCAGCAGCUCACUUGUGGAAGAUGCAAUCUGUGUGAUCAAAGUUCAUCUGCGGGAGCAACUUUAAUGGAUGGUCCAUUUUGAGAAAACAUCUUUCCUUGGGGAAUUGUUCCAGUAAUGCACACCAUGUUAUGUCAAAACUAGGCUGGACAUCUUGAUUUGCUGCAGGGGGAAGGAAAGAGGAGAGACCAACAUCCCCCUUUUUUUAACCCUUGCGUUUUAAAAAGAACCAUUGAUCAUUGGAAGAGAGCAUCCAAAUUCAUCUGGACCAAGAUAACAGCAGGAGAUGGAUGGAAGCAAGAAGCUGAAUCAAUUUUGAAUCCAGGACAACAAAGAGAGUGACAUAGGAAGCUGCCUUAUACAGAGGCAAACCAUUGGCCCAUUGAGCCCAGUAUUGUCUACACUGACUGGGAGCAUCUCUCCAGGGUUUCAGAUGGGGGUCUCACCCAGCCCUACCAGGAGCUGCCAAGGAUUGAACCUGGGACCUUUUAUGUGCAAAGCAGAUGCUCUACCACUGAGCCACGGCUGUCCCCUUAAUAAAAACAUAGGAGGCUGCCUUAUACAGAGUCAGACUAUUGGCCUAUUGAGCUCAGUAAUGUCUACAUCAGGGGUUCUCAAAACUUUCCCCCCCGGACCACUUGAAAAUCACUGAGGGUCUUGGUGGACCACGCAAUGAUUUUUUUUGCCUGCUGUAGCAAUUUGUGAUGCACUGUGCUAGAUGCUGUAGUAUUUUUAAUUGUAUGUUUUGCUUCUUUUAUUUUGCAUAGAUUGUAUUUUAUUGUAUGACAGAAUUCCAUAGAGUUCAAACUGUAACACAGUAAAAUACAAUAUGAAGAAUAAAAGAAGCAAUGAAAAAAAUCAUUUUAAAAUCAAUAUAAUGCGAUGGUUAUGCCAUCUCCUGUCUUCAAACACAAAUCCAUAGACAUGCUGCAGACCACCUGAAGGAAGCUCAUGGACCACUGGUGAUCCGCAGACCACCGUUUGGGAACCCCUGGUCUACAUUGAUUGGCAGGGACCCUCCAGGAUUUCAGGCAGGAAUCUCUCCCACACCUACCUGGGGGUGCCUGGGAUUGAAGGCAGAUGCUCUACACUGAACUAUGGCCCUUUCCCAAAGGAUGUUGGGCUCAAUAAGCAAAACUGUGAAGUCGAAGUACCUUUUGUUGCCAACCAGAAAGAAAGAAGGAGGAGCCAUCUAUGGCCUCUUUUGUGUCUGAUUUUCUUUUUUGCCUUUUCUUGAUUCAACCCACAACUGACUAAACCAAAUGACUAAUCUUAACAUGACUUUUGAAGUGCUUUUCAUCCGGAAUCUGUUACUGUCUAGCACAGGACUGCUGCCUUUGUAGGGAUGUUUUGUUAUCCAGGGUCGAGCAUAUAUUGUCCAAAGACCACAGCAAAAGCAUUGGGGAAGAAAGAAAGAUAUUACAGCUGGCACUCCCCCCUUCCCUAACGGUCUUCUGGAAAUACUGGGUUUUGUAUUCAAUGUUAAUCUAACUCAGAGUAGGCCCACUGAAGUUAAUGGACAUGGCUAACUUGGAUCUAUUAAUUUUUAAGGGUAUACUCUGAAUAAAAUUUAGUGGGAUACAACCUAAAAGCUCUCUGGCUUUAUCUGCAGUUCAAACCUCCAGUUCAACCAUUCAAUGUUGGAAGAGCCUUUUUUAUUUAUAUGCAAAUUUGUGUCAACUUAUUUAUGUGCAUUUGAACCUUUAUUUUUAUGUUGUGUUUCUGGAUUUUGCACUAUCAACGGGGCAGGGAGGGGAUAUGAGCAAUACAAGCCAGUGUGUAAUAUUAAA